GGCGGUGGAUGUGUUGCCACAGGAGAGAGGGAGGGAGAGAGGCAUUCAGACAGAGGAGAUCCUUAGCAAACUAAAGUGAGAGACAGAAUAGCCAUCAGCCAGAGGAGUGUGUUGGAGUGUGUGUGUCCAGCACAAAAACCUGAGAGUGUAUGCUCCUGUGUAUACUUUUGAGGAGCAGACUGCACGUUUGCUCCAAGGAAAGAAGGGUUCAAAAUGACUUUGGAAAUCUAAGGGAACUUUUUUCAAACUUUUGUUGGGAAUACUGUUUGGAAUACUCUUGAUAUGUGACCUGCUUGGGAAACCUUUUUUUCCUUAAACCUUCACCUCAGUUUAAAAAAGUAAUUCACACUGUUGAAUUGGGACCAAUCAGCAAUGCCUACCGAUGAUUAUAACUACCUGCCUGAUGCGCUGCCUCCUCUUCCUGAAGUUCCGGACUCCGGCUCAGCCCUGAGCAUUCCGGCCCGUUGCCUCGGCAACCCGGCCUUCCGCCACGCCUCGCUGCGCUACUGCUCCGCCCUCAGCAUGGAUUCCUCUCUGGACAGCGCCGAGAGGCCGAUCAGCUACAGCUCCACCUCUUCGUCCGCUUCCUCCCGGGACAGUCACUGCUCGCUGGGCAGCCGCUCCACCCUCGUCCCCGCCCCUCACUGUAACCCCGCGACCUCCGACCGGGACUCCGGGGCGAUCCGGUUAGAGCUGGUCCCGGCCCGGCAGCUGGGAUGCCAGGAGGGAGAAGACAGAAAUGAUGGAGGGGUGGACACGGGGAGGGGGCAGAGCGGUGGACAGACUCUGACAGAACAUUCAGGGCCGGAGGUGAGCCCCGAUGGAGGAGAGGGGAAAGGUCAGGUGCAGGGACCCAGGACGUAUGUGGACCGGGUGGUGCAGGAAAUUCUGGACACUGAGAAAACCUACGUCCAGGACCUGCGAAGCAUUGUAGAGGACUACUUGGAGAGCAUCAGUAAUCAGUCUCGGCUGGCCUUGAGCUCUGAGGAUAAAGGCUCUCUAUUCGGCAACAUCCAGGACAUCUACCACUUUAACAGAGACCUUCUGCAUGAUCUUGAGAAGUGCAACGCUGACCCUGUGGCCAUCGCAGAGUGCUUCGUAUCCAAGAGUGAAGAGUUCCACAUUUACACUCAGUACUGCACCAACUACCCACGGUCGGUGGCUGUGCUAACAGAGUGCAUGAGGAACAAGGCGUUGGCCAAGUUUUUCCGCGAGCGCCAGGAAUCUCUGCGGCACUCCUUGCCUCUGGGCUCCUACCUGCUCAAGCCAGUGCAGAGGAUCCUCAAGUACCACCUCCUGCUACACGAGAUAGCCAAUCACAUGGAGAAGGACACGGAGACGUACGAGGUGGUGCAGGAAGCCAUAGACACCAUGCAGAGAGUGGCCUGGCACAUCAACGACAUGAAGAGGAAACACGAGCAUGCUGUUAGGUUGCAGGAAAUCCAGAGCCUGCUGACCAACUGGAAAGGCCCUGAUCUGAUUGGCUACGGAGAGUUGGUCCUCGAAGGAACGUUUCGUCUACAGCGAGCUAAAAACGAGAGAACCCUCUUCCUGUUUGACAAGCUUCUGCUCAUUACCAAGAAACGAGAAGAAACGUACACGUACAAGGCUCACAUACUGUGCUGUAACCUGAUGCUGGUGGAAGUUAUCCCGAAAGAACCGCUGAGUUUCAGUGUGUUUCACUACAAGAACCCCAAACUUCAGCACACGGUCCAGGCCAAAUCACAGCAAGACAAGCGCAUGUGGAUCUUACACCUCAAGAGACUUAUACUUGAAAACCAUCCGGCCAAAAUCCCUGCCAAGGCUAAGCAAGCAAUUUUGGAGAUGGAUGCAAUGCAUCAUCCUGGGUUUCAUUUCAGCCCCGAUGGAGGUAAGAAGGAUUCCCCUCAGACCAAGGAGGGUCCAACCCCUCGUAGAGGACGCAGGAAAGAACCUCUAUCCAAAUUGUUGAAAAAUGCCAAGCAGAAUGCUGCCAACACAGACGGAGAAAAGCGGAUAAGUCUGGGCGCCACUCUGCUCUCGCCAAUGUCCCAGCUGGCUUUGGGCACCAUUGGUCGAAGCCGCAGCCUCAUCAACCAAUCACAGGAGUCCCUGGACCCCGGCGAUCACUACGACCACAGUGACAGAGAAGAGGAGCCUCAUCAACAAGAUGCUGAUGAUGAAGAUGACAGUGGUUUGGGGGGAGGAAAGCGUCUGCGAGUGCCUGGUAAAAGCAGUAGGAAGAGACUGAACCCUCAGGCGUCUGUCGACAGUAUAGAACAGUGGAAAACCUUCAACAUGAGCACUUCAGACCUACAGAGAGCCAGAGAAUCCCUAGUGAGGGAAGGAAGUCACCACCCUCCGCUUCUCAGGACCCCUGCCGUGAUGGAGGAGCCUCCAGACACCCCCGUCCCAGCUGUAGUAGUCACAGAAAGCGACCAAUCUGUGAGGAACAUCUGGGCAGACCACCGUGCUCGCAGGGCCAUGUUCCCAACCCGCCAGCGAACCAUGCAGCCGGAAGACGAGGACGAGGACAUCUACCAGAUGUUUGUCCCGACGGAGCAGAGCGCACCAGAACCAGAAGUGCACUCGGAGAGGUCAGAAGCCCCCUCGUCGCCCAGGACGGCUCGGCCCUGCAGCUGGCACGUGGAACAGGUGCCCACUGUGCAUGUUGACCCCCCCUCUGAUGAUAGCAGGGUCCUGCGGAGGGCGAGCAGCGCGGGGGAGAAGGCUUCAGAGGGGCUCCAGAGUCCUGAUGACGACCAGGCCGGUAACAGCAACCUGGAGGUGAUCCACACUGAAUCCUCCAGCAAUGACAUAUCUGGGUCAUCAUCAGCCGAACAGCUGACGUUAGACGAUGUAGAAAAUGUGUAUGACAACAUCAGCUACGAGGAUCUGAAGAGCAUGGGCCUUGUUAGAAGAGACCCCGAGGAGAGCCAGUCACGGAAAGAAACCCCCUCAGAUGCACAGGGUUCCCAGGACCAGGCAGCAAAGGUACUGACUGCUCCAGAGACUCCUGUGGUCCCAGAGCGUGUGAUCCAACAAGACAUUUCUUCUGAGAGAAAACCGUCGCCCAUGCAGGAGGGGAGGCCAUUCGGGUCAUGUGAGCUGAAGAUAGUAGAAGAAAACAUCUAUGACACCAUCUGCUUCAGGGACCCCCCUACGACAGAGUUUAAAGGGGUGAAUGAAGGGAACAAACUACAACAGGAGAGAGACAGUCUGCUGGCCUCAGAACCAGAUCUGACUCGAAGCCUUGGAGGGUUUGUGUCCGAGGAGAGCCUCCACUUUGGAGAGGAUGAAGCCUUGCACCCUGUCCCAUGUUCCUCUGAGCCAGACUAUUCCUCCUCGUCUGCCUCUGAGACUUUCUCGCAGCGCCCGCAGAAAGGGGACAAGAUGUCGGAGCAAGUCGACGAGAUCUGGAACGAUCUGGAAAACUACAUCAAGAUCAAUGAGAAGAAAGCCGAUAGACUUCCUGCUGCCUUCCCUGUUAGUGCCCGUGAGUCGCCUAAGAAAGCACCAUCGGUCAAAAACAGCCCCACGAAGAUUCCUCUUGUAAUUAGUCCCCAAGCAGCCAGCAAUCCCACCAAGAGUCCCCCAACACACCAGCCUAAGCCCCCACCUGUUACCUCCACGCAGUCAUUCACAAUCCCAGUCAUCAACCUCCCUGACCUGCAAAGUGAAUGCCUUGCUGCAGAAGAAAGCUACAGCCCGUCUUUGAGCUCACGCCCCCUUCCUCCCCCGCCCGUCACCCCCGAGCCCCUCGCAGGCACGGUGAAGAGCAUCAGGAACAGACUGGCUCGCCUCAGUAGUGGCAGCUUCCGCUUGGAGGACGACGACCUGGUGGAGCUUCCUCCAAGAAACACCCUUCAGAGGGAUAUUCCCCUCAAGGACCUCCAUAGUUUGUUUCCAGGGGAGCUGGCAGGCCUGGCCUCCCCUCUGGCCUCCCCUCUGGCCUCCCCUCUGGCCUCCCCUCUGGCCUCCUCCUCCCUCCUGCUGGGGGAGUCUGUGGACCUGGAGAUGGAGAAAUCCAAGAACCGAGUGUUCCUGAUGGCACGGCAGUACAGUCAGAAAAUCAAGAAAGCCAACCAGCUGCUGCGCAUGAGGAGCAUGGACCCUGGAGACGCCUGUGGGCGGAGCAGAGCUGAGAAGAAGCAGAAAGACCUGGCAGCCAUCUUGGAAGAAAAGAAGCAAGGGGGCUCUGCCAUAGGUGCAAAGAUAGCAGAGUACUCUCAGCUUUACGACCAGGUAAUGUUCAAAGACCCCUCGCAUCACUCCCACCCGGGGCUACCGUCGUCUCCCUCCAUGCCUGAGACCUCCCUGGAGGAGGACUGGCUCCACUCCACUUACAGCAAUGGAGAGCUGGCCAGCUUCGUCUCCUCGUCCAGUGACUUAAACGAUGCUCGGGCGUCCUCUACCCUUCAGCGCAGACUCACCUCUGCCUGCUCUAUCCCUUCCCUAAAGACCUCUCCUACCACACCACCAUCCCAGAGAUGGAGCUCCUGCAUGUCUCCACCGAGCGAACAGGAGGAGCACGUGUACAGUUCCAUUAAAAGACAUCCUUCCUUGAACGCUCCUUCUUCACCCUCGUCAGAGUCUCCCCCGUCGAGUCACUGUCAGUCUCUCGGCUCUCUGGGCAGCCAGGAGAAGACUGAACUCAAAUGUAACGUACCCUCGGACAGACUCCGCGGCCCCAGUCUGGGUCGGACCGGUCGGCAGAGUAGUCUCCCAGAGCGCUCGACCCACGGACAGUCAGACAUGACUUUACACGACGGUCAACAGGUGGUCGUCCUGAACCGGGCUUCUGCACUGAGCAUCCUCAACGCCACUCAGAACUACAUGGCUAACUUUAAGGACGAUGAGGAAGACGAUGACGACUACGUAGAGAUCCGCUCGGAGGACGAGAGCGAGCUAGAGCAGGACAGGUUGGCGCGGCAAAACGGCAGCUCGGCAGUCCUUCCCAACCAGAACCGGGGUCUGGUCCACUCCCAGAGUCUCCCGUGCAGCCCGCUGCACUCCUGCGAUCAGCAGAGGGCUCUGGACCGUGAGCAGCUGGAGAAGUACCUGUGGAGCGAGCCGCAGCAGAGCCAACCCAAAAUCGUCCAAUCUCUGAGGGAGAAGUUUCAUUGUCUGAGCUCCAGUAGCUUCGCCUGAGUCUUUAUGACAAAUAAAAAGCCAAAUAUAAAUAAACAUACAGCAUAUAGCAACAAAAGGGACACUGCUGCUUUGCCAUCCAGAUUUCAACAUUAUAGUCCACAAACAAUGACACAUCUCUCAGCAUAGAGCAGAAGCAAUUUCUUUGAUUGCAGCGAUAUUUGCAACUCUCUGUGACAGGGCUUUAAUGUAAAAAUAAAUAAUGAAUAUUAAUAGCCUCAGUGUGAGCCGCCUUAGCACUUCCAAACAGUCUUAUUGUGUAGGCUUCAAACAGACCUGGUGGUGAAAAGUAAUCGGUGAAAGCAAAGAUUGUCUCGUAAAGGCAUUCAUUGUGACUGAACGGGUUAUAAUAUUCAGAGGAAUUUUAACUAUUUUAUCGCUUUACAUGUGAGCCUUGUAGAUGUAAUUGGAGUCAUAUGAAUUGGUUCUGCUGGAGGACUUGAUGCCAUUAAACUGUUGUACAGUUACAGUAAAAGUUCAGGAUACCUGUUACUGAUUUUAAGAAAUCUUGUCCGUGCCCAAUGUCUCAAACAGUAGUAAAAGCAUGAAAUAUCUGAUGAUUCACCACACAACUGACUUUUCAAGCUCUUUUUAUUUGCCACAAAGCUUAUUUUACAGCAUUUUGAGCACUAGUUAACCUCCUAUUAAGGAGCUGUGAACCACAAUGGUGGCUGCUCUAGUGUUUUUAAUUGUGCUUACACUAUUAAACAGAUCUGAACAUGCAACAUUUUUCAAAUUUGCAUCUUGAGGCUAGAUUGUCACUUUUAACAGCUUUUUAGCAAUAAUUAUAACAAGUAAUGAUGCCGCUGUAAAGAAAACACGUUGACUAAGAUCCAAUAGGUUAAGUAUAAGUACAUUUAGACCUUUGAGUCUAUUUGAGGUUAUUGUGUUUCUGCCACCUUUGUCAUCAAUAGGGUAAAAACACGGUUUAAAAAUCGAGAGAAGAUGCUGAUAUUUUAGAUAAUUAAGAAACCAUAGAGCUUCAUAUUUAUUUUGAAUCUGUGAGUAAAUCAGAGAUGGUUUUUCAUGUCAAAGUCUGGGGGCAUCCAUCAUGUAUAAAGUGAAAUGUGCAUCUCAACAAGUGGAUGUUUCUUAUCAUAUUCAUUUUAACCUUUAAGAGGGACCACGAAGGAGAACAUUAGGGGAGUUGGUUGAAAGUACUGUAUUAUUUGGUGUAUUUGUUUUCCCUCUCACAUGGAUAGUCUGUCUACUUUGUUUAUAUUAUGGAACACUCUGUCACACUACUGAUAUCACUUCACAGAAAGAAAUUCACAGUCGGAUAGUUGUCAGUCACUUUAAUAAGGUUCAUGCAACACAAUUGUUUCUCUUCCCUCGAAGCAUACCCAGUAUUUAUCACACACUGUCUUAAUAAAAAUCGCCAAAGUUGUCCUACUGUUUGCAAGCAUCCCUGGUUAUUGGUCUGUUUCACGUUGACCUUAAGCCACAGACAAGUUAUAAAAUACAUUAUUUAUUAAAAGAGGUUUUAUUCUGAUUUUAGGGGCGCAAACACAAUUGGAAUUAAAUACUGUGAAUAUUUUUUUAGAAGUUCCUUUCACGCACUGCUUAACACAAGUUCCAAAUCCAAACAACACGUGAAAAA